GUCAAUUUCUUUCUGCCAUUGUAAAAUGGGCCCAGGCAGAGGGUGCUGAUUAAAAUUUAGCUUUUUAUCUUUAUUUUAUUAAGAUUUCUUCAAAUAUCAGUUCAAAAUGAGCGUUUUUAAAUCAGCCAUGGGCUACUUUAGUUCUAGUGGUGCCAAUGGUGGCAGUGAUAAUGAUUUUGUUGGUCAGUUUGUGGAAAUCGGAAACAUGAAAUUGAGAGUGAAAAAGGUGAUAGCAGAGGGUGGUUUUGCAUUUGUAUUUGUUGCUCAAGACGUGUCCUCUGGAACAGAGUACGCCCUUAAAAGGCUAAUGGCAGCUGACGAGCAAGCUAACAAGAAUAUAAUUCAAGAGAUUAGCAUAUUAAAGAAGUUGUCUGGUCACCCUAAUAUAAUUAAAUAUAUAGCUGCUUCCUUUAUUGAUAAAGCUAAGACUGCCCAUGGAAUGGGAGAAUAUUUGUUGUUAACGGACCUCUGCACGGGAGGUAGUCUUAUGGAGGCGUUGCAGAAUAGAGGCCAGGCUUUCCCUCUGCAGACUAUACUAAGGGUGUUCUACCAAAUGUGCCGGGCUGUGCAACAUAUGCACGCUCAAGUGCCUCCGAUAGCCCAUCGUGAUCUCAAACUAGAAAAUUUCUUAAUAUCCAAUGAAGGUACAAUCAAACUAUGCGACUUCGGGUCAGCCACAACCGACAUCUACUCCCCGAAUCCCUCGUGGAGCGCUAAUCAAAGGAACAUGUUAGAGGAGAAUUUGGCGCAAUUCACAACACCAAUGUACCGCGCGCCAGAGCUCCUAGACACGUGGGACAACCGCAAGAUCGAUCACGCUGUUGACGUGUGGGCGUUGGGCUGCGUAUUAUAUACUCUGUGCUUCAUGCAACAUCCGUUUGAAGACUCGGCCAAGCUGGCCAUUCUCAACGGGAACUACAACCUGAAUCCGAAUGAUCAGAAAAAUAAAUGCUUCCACGAGAUUAUACAUGGCUGCCUAACAGUGAACCCCGAGGAGCGGCUGACGAUAAACAGCGUGCUGGAGCGACUGGCGGCCAUUGCGGAGUCCAACAAUGUCAACCUCAAGCAACCACUCAAAUUUGAGCGUAAAAAAGUUGAACAAUCCGUGGCCACUAGCUCGCCAGCUGUCAAAGAUCCGGCGCCGAUCAGCCAAGAGGUGCCCAACUCUCGGCCGCCCGAGCCCGCGAGGCCCCCCCCGCCGUCGCGCCCCCCUCCCGCGGCGCCCCACGUCCCGCAACACCCCCCCUCGGCCCAUGCGAACUCUGGUGGCCUUUUCUCGUCCAUCAAAGGGGGUGCUGGCAGCUUCCUUAGGAAUUUGAAGGAUACUUCGUCGAAAGUUAUGCAGACUGUGCAACAGUCGAUAGCUAGAACAGAUUUGGACAUAAGUUACAUAACAAGCCGUAUCAUCGUGAUGCCUUACCCCUCGGAAGGACUGGAGAGCGCAUAUAAAACUAAUCAUAUCGAUGAUGUUAGGGGUUUCUUAGAAAGUCGUCACCCAGGUGGCAAAUACUGCGUGUACAACUUGUGUCGCGGGUCGCGCACGCUGCUGGGCAAACCCGGCGCGGGCGCGGACGCGGGGCGCGCGCUGUGGCCCACCGCUGGGCUCCGGGCGCCGCUGCUGGCGCCGCUUUAUUCCUUGCUACAGAAUUUGUAUCUAUAUCUCGGGAAGGAUGAUAGAAGCGCCCUUGUUUUGACCUGUCAGGACGGCAAAUCAAUGUCCUGCGUGGUGCUAUGCGGGCUGCUUCUGUACGCCAAACUGGUCACCGUUCCAGAGGACGCUCUACAGAUAUUCGCGGUCAAGCGGUCACCCAUCCACAUUGCGCCCAGUCAGCUGCGAUACCUCUAUUAUCUUAGUAAUAUUGUCAGGCCCGAACCAGUCCUGCCGCACUUUAGACCGGUGACGCUGGUUUCUCUCACCAUACAACCGGUACCACUUUUCACCAAAGCGAGGGACGGAUGCCGGCCGUACAUAGAGAUAUACAAUGAAGAUAGAUUGUUGCUGUCCACGCUGCAGGACUAUGAUCGACUGCAUGUCUACUCAAUGGCAGAGGGGAAAGUAACUCUGCCUUUGGACACGACUGUAACCGGCGAUGUAACGGUGACCGCUUACCACGCUCGCCAGCAACUCGGCCGAGUGCACUCGGUGCCGAUGCUGUCUGUCGCCUUCCACACUGGAUUCCUGUCUUACACGCAGCACGCUAUAAAAUUUAACAGGUCCGAAAUCGACGGCAUAGACGAAACGACACCAGUCAACGAUCAUUUCUCAAACAACACCAACGUUGUAAUAAGUCUAGUGGUCCAAAAUGGAGAACGGAGAAAACCGAGAAGCGACCUGUGGGAAGAAGACCACUCGUUCCCGAUUAGGACGCCCGAUGUGCUGUUCUCGACUACGUUGGAGAGAGACGAGACUAUCGAUAAUUUCGCAAAUCUCCACGGGAAAGGAGCUGCUCCUACAAUGACACAAGAUUAUCCGCCAAAAGAGCCAGAGAAACUCGCCCCCGCUCCCUCGCGUCCUCCCCCUCCGCGCCCACAGGCCGCCCCCUCCCCCGCACACCAACCCCUCCCACCCGCCGCGCCUGCAUCAGAUACCGCGGACUUCCUUAACUUGAGUACUGGCGCGGUGGCGCCUCCAGCGGAGUCGAAGAAGAAACUGACAAGUGACGAUUCGUUCGACUUCUUCGGCAUGAUGGAAAAGACUGAUGACAGUUUUGGAGACUUCCUCAGUUCUAAGAAGGAGGAACCACAGCCAUUCUCAUCAGAGUCUAUAUUCGGUGCUCCGGGCGGCGCGGGUGAACCCGUGGAGCGGCCGCUAGCUAGCGACUUCGACCCGUUCGGUCUCAACGACCCGCUGCCGAAGCAGGAGCCUCUGUUGACACCACGACCUGUGCAGGAAGAAGUUCGAUCGCAAAGCGUGCCACCCGACUCGACCAAAAAGGAUCCGUUUGCGGACCUCGGUCUCCUGGGGUCGCUACCGACAACGCGCAGCGGCGCCGCGUCGCCCGCGCACACGCCUCUAGCUAACGCGAGGUCGCCCGCGCAUCAACCAGACUACAGCCGCAGUCACUUCGAGCCCGCGAAGUCUCCCGCGGACGAGAAGCCCAAGAAGCCGGCGGACGUGUUUGGCGAGCUGCUGGGCAGCCAGGGAUAUGACUUCGCCCGGAGGGAGGCGGGACCCAAGACCAUGAACGCUAUGAGGAAGGAGGAGAUGGCCAGGGAUAUGGACCCUGAGAAGCUGAAGAUACACGAAUGGACGGAGGGCAAGAAAGCCAACAUCCGUGCACUGCUCUGUUCUCUGCACACCGUGGUGUGGGAGGACUGUCGCUGGCACAAGGUGGACAUGUCCCAGCUGGUGUCCCCCGCGGACGUCAAGCGGAACUACCGCAAGGCGUGUCUUGCCGUCCAUCCUGAUAAGCAAAUGGGCACCGCUAACGAAAAUAUAGCUAAAAUGAUCUUCAUGGAGCUAAACAACGCGUGGAGCGACUUCGAGAACGACACUAAACAGCAAAACUUAUUCCAAUCCUAAGAUACGCGUCGACAACACUAAUCGAUUUAGACUUUUUAAAAGUUACGUGUCACUGCAGUUAUACACGCGAUGAAGCAUUUCUCACAGUCAUUAUCAUUUUAAUUGCGUUUUCAAGAUAUUUUGUAUAGCUCAGUGCUAUGUGGAAGAAUCCAUCAUUCUUACGUUGCCAGCCCCUUCGAUUCUGUUCAAAUUAUUUGUUUUAAUAUUAACACUAAAUUGCAUGUAUAAUGUAUAUAUAGGCAGUCUGCAGUUAAGCAGUAUUGAGAACCUUAGUUGACUGUCAGAUUUAUCGUAGGCUCACAUGUUUUAAGCCAUGCUUCUAUGCCCUGUGUUUCUUUCAUCCGAGUACAUUCAACAUCUCAUCAACCUACAAAAUCAUUGCAAAAUUACCCCUAUCACCGUGGAUUAGAGUUCUAACGGCUCGAUAGAAAUAUAUCUAUUUUUAAGAAAUGUAAUAGAUUACAUUGUCAUUCGCACAGUACCAGUUAAAAAACGCUUAAUACAUGUUUCUUUAACAUUAUUAUAUCUCAUUCUAGUUCUAUCGAAUUAGGUUUAGCGAUUUCGUUUAUAAGCACAAUUAUGCAUCUACAAUUUUGUUACGGUAAUACUUAAAUAUAAUUUUAUCUUAUGUUUUAGGUUAUAUUUUUUAUUAAAGUGAUAAAUAAAAUGAAGCUCUAGAAUAUUAUACACUGGAUGAAUAAAGAGUAAAAUACUAGUUAGUAAAAAAUAAUUCACAAAUUAAUACUGUUCAAAUGAGCUAAAACUUAGUCAAAUUUGAUGUCACCUUCUAAAAUAUCUAGAAAGAAAAUGUUAAUCGGAAAAUAUGGGUAUAGAGUAAAGUUCCGCACCACGAAAAACAGGUGAAUUUAUAGUCAAAAGUUUCAUACAUAUGUAGGAUAUUUUCAAUGUUAACGCUUCUGAUACAUAUAUAUAACAUAGUGGUGUAUAUUGAAGUGUAUAUUCAGAGUCGUAGUAUAUUCGGUUUUCGCGGAAGUCCUAAACGUUUUGCUGAAUUGUAAAUAUUCAUUUGACACAUUUUUUUUUUAAACUCAAUUUAAAAUUAAACUUAACAUAAUAUUUUAAAUUAAGAGGAAAUAAAUAGACGGAAAGGGCAAGACCGACAACGGAUUCGUUCUAUUCUCAUGUGAGAUUUGUGACUGAGACGGACAGAACACGUAAUUACUAGUCUAUAUAUAUAAUAUAGACCAAUAAGCUUUACUAAUUUUUUGCCUUUUAUCCAUAAUUAUUUAAUUUAACCACACAUUUUGUUUCGCAAAUUUAGAGGACCUCCGUGAAAUCUUUAUUAUAAGAACACGUUAGUAGCCCAUAAAUUACUUUUAAUAUAAAUAUAACAAAUGUUUGUCCAUUUAUUUCGCAUGUGAAGUAAUUGGACUGUCUUUAAACUGUUGUAUUUCGAAAUUAUGGCCCAAGAAAAACCGUGGGCGUAUUCGUAUUAUAAAUAUAAAUAAGUGAUUAUGAAUUAUUGUAGUGCAUCGUUCGAGUCUAAGGCAGCGUACACAUCACAACUGUUCCAGUGUGUACGCGGUCUUAUAUAGAAACGCCGAGCGUUUUAUUCUAUUAGUAUAAGUUUUUAUUUCGGUGUGUGUAUAUCUUUUGUACAUUCCUAUUGCGUUCUAUUGUAUGUAUACUUUGUGUUACUUAUUAAAAAAUAUUUGCGCAGUUGAUAACAUGUUAAACUACUCAAAUAUCUUUGUCUAUAAAGAGUAGAAAAUAAAUUGGGGCGCAGUGUUCACUUAGCGCUGGUAACACUGUGUUUUUCAACCAAUCACAAUCAUCCGAUUUGAAGUUGCAUCUGUUAAAAAAUAUUUGUUAGCCGAAAAUUGUCUUGUCCUAUGGGACUACUGGGAGGAAAUCGUUUCAGCUGUCCCAUUAUGGGACAACUCAAUGGGAUUUGUGGGAUAUACGGUAAAUUGCAGUGUAGAUGGAUUAACAUAAUAAUGCCAGUAGUUUUUACGAUUUUAAAUUGGAUCACACCUAUAACUUGUCUCGAAUUCUGCAUUUUAACCAGUAACAUUUAUUAAUAGACUUCAAAUAUCCGUUGUUCGCACGAUCUUUCAAUAUCAAAUUGAAAAAGAGAGAUAAGAACAAUAUUGCAAUUAAUAUAAGUGGUAAUAGUUCCGAAAUUUUAACCUUUUUUUUUGUUUUACUUGAAUAAAAACGUCGGUGUGGUCCCUUAUAAUAAGCUAGUGCAAUUAGUUCCUUAUACUCAGAGUAUUGUAAUUGUGUUACUUUAUUUUUGUAUGUAGCGUAAGUUUAGGCCUGUCCUUAUAUAUUGCGCUUGCGCAGACGUACUUAUGUUUCAAGUGUAUAUGUUGCUUUGAUAAUGAUGUCCAUACAUUACUAGAUAAAUGGAAAUAAAUGAUUGCAAACAAUA